AAUUGACCGUCUCGACACCUUCUGCCCUCAUCGAGUGUCGUGAGUAAAGAUCUCUUGCGAUGCUUGGGUCCUGGUUUCCUGACGUUGGUCCAGAACCUAUCCUUCUCACCUGGUCCGGUGGCACUGCCCCUUACAUUCUCUCCAUCAUUCCCGGAGGAGACACCUCGUCUGCCCCCCUUGAGACCCUCGUGUCGGACACCUCGGACACUUCGUACACCUGGACCGUCAACCUCGCCGCUGGAACCGAAGUCAACAUCAAGGUCACUGACAACACUGGUGUCUCCCAAUACAGUUCCCAGAAGGACAUUUUGUCCGGAGGAUCCAGCUCCUGCCUCAACUCGACCGCUACCAGCAUUGCUGGAGCCGCCGGAGCCACCACCGGAGCCACCUCCGCCGCUAGCUCCUCCUCGACUGGAUCUUCCGGAUCCUCCACGAGCAGCUCUAUGGGAUCCAUGACCAGCUCCAUGUCCUCCAUGGCCAGCUCCUCCAUGGGAUCCUCCACUUCUGGCUCCUCGGCCUCUUCUACUUCCAGCAGCUCUUCUUCCUCCUCUUCCAAGGCCGCCACCACCUCUGGAGCCGCCUUCAAGAAGUACGAGGCUCCCGCUGCUCUUCUCGCCAUCUUCGGUGGAAUCGCCGCGCUGCUCUAAAUAAGCCCCAUUCAUCACGCCUUGCGCCGCCCUUCGACGACUCUCACGAACCUGUCGACCAUCUCCAUCCUUUUUGCUCAUUUCCCUUGUCUGGAGGUUUCUUGAAUAGUCAUUUCAUCACCCUAAUCACGAUACAAAACUGCAUGAAUUUGAAUGCCUCU